AUGUGCACGUUGAGAAACCCGAGUGUCAUCCCCAUCCUCUCAGAACCCCGCACUAAACUCCAAGCCGACAAGCAGCUUCACGGCCACUCUCCUUCGCUGUUGCUUUUGCCUGUUCAGGGUGCGAGGGGCGCUCUUUUCCAUCCAAUCACCCCGCCCAGACCGGCGUCGCGUUUCUCGUUCGCCCGCCUCACCGAAGAUGAUGCGGUUUGGCCUGCGUGGUCUCUGCAGCCUCGAAUUGGCUCAGGCCCUCUGCUGCUGCCCCUCCCCCUCCUUCGCUAUCGCCCAACCACGGCCGCCGCUCUUAGCGCCGUGGAGGGGCCUUGUCUCUCGCAUCCCAUCAAUGAUCACCCACCUGAGGUACGGCCGACUGGACUCGCCGGAGUCACAAUUCACCACCUGGCCUGUUUCGUGAGUCCGAUGCACGGAGUCCCACCACCUACUCCAAAGAGUGCGUCAACCCAUGUUGUUCCUGGCUCUUCUGCUGGGCCCAUCCACGGGUACAGCCAUCUUCGAUCCGAUCCCGGCCUCGUGUGUGAAACGGUCCCAUGGAUGUGCCCGGGAGCUUCCGUGCGUGGGACCACAGUGCCUGUUGACUGCUCAUUUCUUUCCCUGCAACAGCCUGCGCGAGAGCCUGGCAGCGGCCAGCUUUGUUUGUCUCGACCUGUAUCAUUUCGUAAUCGCAGGGCUGGUGCAGAGCAGACCUGA